UCCACUGUAUAGUUCUCGUAUUGUUAUCCCUCGCUUUGAAAAUUUUCGUAUUUGUUUUUGUUAUCUCUCUCUUUCGAAACCACAAAUGGCUGGUCGUGGCAAAACCCUUGGAUCUGGCGUUGCUAAGAAGGCGACUUCGAGAAGCAGCAAAGCCGGUCUCCAAUUCCCAGUUGGUCGAAUCGCUCGUUUUCUGAAGAACGGCAAGUACGCCGAACGUGUUGGUGCUGGUGCUCCGGUUUACUUAGCCGCCGUUCUCGAAUACCUCGCCGCCGAGGUGUUGGAAUUGGCUGGGAACGCAGCGAGGGAUAACAAGAAGACUAGGAUUGUGCCACGUCACAUUCAGCUAGCGGUGAGGAACGAUGAGGAGCUGAGCAAGUUGCUUGGUGAUGUGACCAUUGCUAAUGGAGGUGUGAUGCCUAACAUUCACAACCUUCUUCUUCCCAAGAAGGCUGGUGGUUCUAAACCUUCCGUUGAUGAAGAUUAGAUUAGUUUAUCGUGUUGUUGUGGUUUGCUAGCUAAUGUCCUAAUUAAUGUGUAGCCUUUAGGUUCAGAUUAGAUCUGGUUUAGUUUAAUUUGGUGUUUCAUUAGCCUGUGGUGGUGUAGAGUCCUCCACACUAUGUUUGAAAAGAAAUGUUGGAAUCUUAUGAUAUGAUAUUAUUAUUCGUUAUGCCUA